GUCUGGGAGGAGGGGCUUCCAGGGCUGGCCACCGGGAGAGGUGGGCAGCGCCCCUGCUCAGCUGUGUCGUGUGCGCCUGUGCCGCACCACCGACCGGGUCGAUCGGCGCUGCGCGGUGGCGGAUUCCAUAGCCAGGGACGGCGCAGCGAGAGAGCGCCGGUGCUGUGCUAGUGUUCUGUGGGAGAGGUGGAGCUCUGUUGAGCUCUCACACCAGUGGAUGGGUGUGAAGUAGCUGUGCUGUGGUAUACCGACCGUAGAAAGUCAUGAGGCUGCUAGUGGUGGCCCUAGCUGUGGCCUUGUGCUCCGUCGCGAUGGCCAGCAAGGAGAAGAAAAGUUACGACGGAGAUUUUCUCUUUGAUGAGGAGGACGAUUGGAAAGAGAAGAAAGAGAAGCCAAUAGUAAAAACAUGGAUAUGGGACCCGGAAAGCGGCCUGUGUUCUGCGCUGGCUUGCCGAUCCAACGAGAUGUGUCUACUGGAGGAUGCGUUCACCGCAGUCUGCGUGAGCCGAACCGAGCUGAAAACCAACGGGUGAGUG